AUGGCCCCCAAGAACCCAGAUCCAGGCUCAGAACCAAAGAAACAACUCACCCUCUUUGUGACCAUCCAAGUUGAUCCAUCCAACAUCGAGAAAUUCAAGGAAGCCCAUAGACCAGUAUGGAAGGCAUGUUCCGAAGAACCCGAAUGCUUGCUAUUUGAUGUCUUUCAAGAUCCAGAAAGUCCUGGACGAUUUCGGUUCGUGGAGGUAUGGAGCAAGGGACGGGAGUGGUUUGAGAAGGAACAAUUGACGAAGCCCUACUAUGCAGCCUUGUGGGAGAAGUCGAAGCCUUUGUGGACUGCUGAAAGUGAGUCUGCAUUACAACUUAACGUGGAGUGGCUCACUGACGCAUUUCUGUAGUCAAGAUGGAGUACUUCGAGAGAGAAGGCGAGGGAAGUGCUUGGAGUGAUGAGUACUUGGCUGGAGGACGGAAGAUGGAGAAGACGCAAGUAGUAGCAUGAGUAAAAUGCACAUUCGGUCAUUGAAAUCUUCCAGAACUGGCAAUUGUUUCUAUUUCAAUUCUCUUUCUGCAAAGGGGCCCACACAAGGUGAUGGAAUCUGUACUAAAGGUACAACCCGAAUGCUAUCAAAGCAGCGCCAACAGACCAA